GAACCCGCAGUUCGCGGCGUGUUUGUCGCCGACCGGUUCCACCACGCCCACGGGGUUUGGGAUGGACGGGGCGGUGGCGUCGCGGUCACGGAGUUCGAGUUGCAGUCGGAUUAAUGAUCCGGAUGGCGAUGUUAAUAUCCAGGAGGCUAUUCGACUGCAUGAGGCUGGAGAUCUGGAACGAUCCACCGAGAUGUUUGGUCGCUUAGCCGAUCCUGAAGGGGCCAACAAUGCUCUCAGUCAAGUGCUCUAUGGGCUUGCACUUCGACAUGGCUGGGGAUGCGCGCCAGACCAGGACAAGGCGAUUACGUAUCUAUCGGCCGCGGCGGCCAAUUCGGCCUCGGUCGAGUCCGAGGCACUCCAGGCCGGCAUCAAGAAAGGGGGAGCGGCCAAGGGCGAGCUGACGCUGGCGAUCUUCGAGCUGGCCAACUGCUUUAGGAAUGGCUGGGGCGUCAAGAAGGACCCCGUCGCGGCACGACAGUACUAUGAGACCGCCGCCAACCUCGGCGAUACGGACGCGAUGAACGAGGUUGCUUGGUGCUACUUAGAAGGGUUUGGAGGGAAGAAGGACAAAUUCGCGGCCGCCAAAUACUAUCGAUUGGCGGAGGAGAAAGGGAGCAAAACCUUGGGAAAUUCUUGGAUCUGGAAGGACAAGUACAACCCGCAUUGAGCGUGUUUCUAUGGAUUGUUGGUAAAUUUGGUCCGAUGACGACGGUCUGGUCCAAGCCCACGAUCAGGCCGUGGUCUUUUGGGGGUGUGGAGCUGAGCGAGCUGAGCUGAACAUGAAUGAACAAUUGAUACCCUAGCAACAAGGCUGCGACUGAGACCGUCUCUCUCGGUAGCAGGCGGCAACAACGUGCCGUCCAUCCCGCCUCACAUGUCGACAUCAGGGGACACAGACUUUGCACAUAGAGAGUGGACCUAGACUCAGUUACGACAUGACCCCUUCACGUCAUCUUCGCUUUGGACUUCACUACACUAUCCUACCUUUACUCCGCUGUAUGAACACAACAAUAGCCAGUUUAGAGC